AUGGGACAACCCAUACUCAUUUUGAAUUCUCGCAAGGCGAUUCAAGAUCUCGUCAUCAACAAAGCUGCGAUAUUUGCCAAUCGUCCUAAAUUGACGAUGUGCGGCGAACUGGUUGGCUGGGAGAAAACUUUUGGGCUGGCCAACCAAGGUAGUCGAUUUACAUGGAUGCGGAAAUCAGCCAAUCAUCACCUCGGGAAGUCUGCCGUCCAAGGCUUCCUUCCGGUGAUUGAAAAAUCGGUGCACAAGCUUUUGGGACCAUGCUGGGCAGUGCCGGUCAGCUUCGACAGCAUUUUCAAAUUCACGGUGUCGAAGAUUAUGCUUGAAUCAUUGUAUGGGAUUGCCCCUACAUCCCCUGAAGACCCCUUCGUCAAAAUGAUGGGCAGCGCGGCCUCUACUUUCGGCGAAGCAAGCCAACCUGGAGCUUUCCUCAUUGACGCAUUCCCCACAUUGAAGUACGUUCCAUCUUGGUUCCCGUUCGCUGGUUUCAAACGUCAAGCAAAGAUUUGGGCCAAGAUUGCCCACGAUUCUCAGGAAUUACCAUUCAAAGUAACCAAGCAAGAUGUUCUGGAAGGCGCAAACAAUACAUCCUUCACAGCCAACAUCUUGAGAAGUAUAGGGUUGGAAGCGGAUCACGAAGACCUCAAGAGUCUCUCGGCAGCUCUUGUGGUUGCCUCUGUGGACACUACUGCGACUACUGUUGGGACUUUCAUCCGCGCUAUGAUCCUUAAUCCAGAGGCUCAGAAGCGGGCCCAACAGGAGAUCGAAGCUGUAAUCGGACGCCAUAGAUUGCCUACAUUUUCGGACCGAGAGUAUCUUCCGUACGUCGAAGCUGUGUUGAAAGAAACAUUGCGAUGGCAGCCUGCGGUGCCGCCUUCCCUCCCAUACCGAUCUUCAGAGAGCGUUGAAUAUGAGGGGUACUUUAUCCCUAAGGAUACAACUGUCAUCGCCAACUCCUGGCACAUAACGCGAGACGAGGAGCUGUACCCCAACUCAGAAUCCUUCAUUCCUGAACGCUUCUUGGAUCCUCCCACCUUCCAAUUCACCGUUGGGGAUGGAAAGGCACCACUUGAUCCUACAACAUAUGUUUUUGGGAAAUGCCCCGGAAUCUACUUUGCGGAUUCGAUGGUCUGGUUCACCAUUGUCACGCUUCUCGCUACAACUCGUGCCAUUCCAGCAAAGGAUUCGGAUGGGAAGGAUAUCCUGCCCACCGCAGAAUAUACUGGAGGGAUGGUCCGGGGAAUCCUUCCAACGCCAUAUCAUCUUGAGCCACUUUCUGCCCAGCAUGCGGCGAUUGUAUCGGAUGUGGUUAUUCCUACCGAGUGAGACGUACUUGACUGCAUGAUCCCCAUGCUCCGCACGUGUACUUGCUCCAACGAGACGAAAGUAUUUGUAUUCUGGACCCUUAUGACGUCACCCCUG